AUGGGUUAUUAUCAACAUGAUACAUUUCUUAAUGAUUUGAGUGUGAAUUUUAUUCGCUUAUUAAUUUUAUCAACUGCAUUCUUUAUGGCGAAUGCUUUUGAGUAUACAAGCUGCACUGAAACAAUGUUUGGUGCUGAACUUGAAUUAACAUUUGACCCUAACCCACUUGUCGCUGGACAAGACAUUACUGUUACUGUUUCUAGUGAUUUUAGUCGAGAUAUUACUGCAGAUACCAAUAUUUAUAUUAAAUUAUUAGAACGUGAACUUGAUAAUAAACCUGUUGAAAAAUGCGUAUAUAAACAGAAAAUUUGUAUUGGAAACGAAGCUUUGUGUCCAAUCUCAGUUGGAAAAAAAGUUAAAGUAACUGCAAAGUUUAUGCUGCUGAAUGAUAUUAAUAUUAAUAAUCUUAUAAUGAUAGCCUACAUUGGAACACCAAGAAACUCAGAUAGUGUUGUAGAAACUUUUGGCUGUCAAUGUUAUUCAAACAAUGCUCUUUAUUGUGCCGAUUUAUCGCACGGAUCUUAA